AAGCCCUCCUUCACCGCGCACCGGAGGUGAAGCUAAGGGACGAGCUGUGGUGACCUCUGUCUGCCGCGGGGGGAACGACUCCACAGCUCAGCGCCGCUAUUCCCCGAUGGUUGACGUUAGGAUCGCGGCCUAACGUUCGGUCCCCAGCUUCCAACGCCUGCCUGCACCAUCACCACGACGACGGGCGCCCUUACGACCCGGCGGUCGGAUGGACGGGUGAGGGGAGCCAUGCUGAGAUUCCUCCAUAUCCCUUUAACAGGCCUGUUGGGUGUUCUGUGGGAUGGAGUAGCUGCUUUUGGUGGGGUCAGAUUAGUAGAUGGGGAGAACAAGUGUUCCGGCAGAGUGGAGGUCCUCCGCCAUGACCAGUGGGGGAGCGUGUGCGACCAUGGCUGGGACCUGCGGGAGGCGGAUGUGGUGUGCCUGGAGCUGGGCUGUGGCUUAGCCGAAUCUGCCCUUCAUGGGUCGGCGUUUGGGGAGGGCAGUGGAGAGAUCUCGCUGCGGCAUGUGCAGUGCUCCGGACACGAGUCCAGCCUGACACACUGUGCUGUUGUCCUUCACAGCGACGUCCUCUGUACCCAUGAGAAGGACGCAGGGGUAAAAUGCUCAGGUACCCUUUUAACGCCCACCCUCACGCUGCUGUCACCUCACACUGUGUUCUCUCCUGGCGAGGCCGUUCGCUUUGGCUGCAGCGUUUUGCUUGGUCACCACCUCAGUGACUUCCACCUGUACAAGCAUGGCGUUUCUACACCGCUGGUUACUCAGAGGGCGGACCAGACACAGACCAAAGUGGAGCUGACAUUGUCUGACAUAGAGACUUUCCACCAGGGCAGCUACAGUUGUGGGUACAGGAUCAAGGGUGGCUUCCCUUCUCAGCUGCUGAGCUCCCCGCCAAGCAACUCUAUAAACAUCACUGUUGUGGAACUCCUGACUCCCCAACAUUGGUACAACACGUCCGCUGAGGCCCCGGCUGGUUCUGUCAUUAAAGGCCACAGUUUCAACAUCAGCUGCUCCACCCCGCAGCAGUACCCCGGAGGCUCCUUCCAGCUGCGUCUGAUCCGCUCCAACGGCACAGUGCGCCAGUCCCUGCCUGCCCUCACCCCCGUGGUCACUUUCACCUUCCCCAGUGCCCAGAGCGCCAACGAGGGAUACUACUACUGCCUGUAUCGGGUCCAGCUGGGGGGGCGCACCUUUGUCUCCAGAGAAAGCCAGCCCCUGCCUAUAGCCAUCAGAGACCCAGAUCCAGUACUGAGUCCAAUGGUGAUCAGCUGGCUUGUGUCCGGCCUGACAUUUGUGGUAGCUGUCAUUGUUCUUCUCACCGUGGCCAAGGUGCUGUGCAACAAGGAGAAGAAGCCCACUGAACUUGAGCGAGAGACCAGAACCUGUGUGGAUAACACUUAUGUUGCCUUAUCAAUUAACAAGCCAUGAGGGAGACUGCAGGCCACCGUAUCACUAAAGCAGAAUCCCAAGUGAGAGGACAGCAAGGGGCCCCAUGACUCAGGCGGGAGGAGACGGGGCGCACAACAAAACAGCUGUCGGUCUUCCACCUCCGGAAAGAGGCACAUGGUGGGCGCAGUUCAGUAGAGUCUGGAUAAGGCAGUUUUUACGGGACUAACGUGGACCUACAUCGCACCAAAUAUCCGCCUUGUGGUAUUGGUCGGAAACGAUGGAUGUGAUGGGGUUUAAAACCUUCUAUUAUAACUAGUAUUAACUAAAAGCUACAAAAUACUGACAGUAUAGAUUUGUUGUCAUUUCUACAUCUGCGAGACUGUACGCCAGAUGUAUAGUGGGAACAGUGCAACUAAAAGCUAAAUUGGGGAACAUGCAUUUGAAAGACAUUCUGUUAUUUAGUAACACCAAAAGGCUCCACUAGCUUAUGUUGUUCUCGCUUCUACGGAUCAAUGAUCCUUAAAGGAUUACGAAGUGGUUUUGUAUUUUAGUCUAACCCAAUGCAUCUUAUGCCGUUUGAAAUAUGUAGAUCAUUGCACUUAAAGUUCAUAGAAGCUGUAGUGAAUUAAAAUAUGCUGUUGUUUGA